CAUAAAACACGGCCCGUCUCCCAGCCAUGCGUGACUUGCUACUUCUCCGUUUCUUUCCGCCCCUCGGUUCUUUCUCUUACAUUUCCUUCUCCUGGUGAUUGUCUCCCUCUCUUGUUGAACAGGACCCAAACUAGAGCUGUGAUUGACCUGGGGAGCUUCAUUCACACAUCAAUUCGCUAUGCCGUCAAUAACCCUCUCCGUGCGGACAGCCGCUCACUUCUCGCGAUCUGCCUCAAAAACCUACCUCCCCCUCGCCCGCCUCUUUUCCACCACCCGCGCCCGCCAUGAAAUCAACAAAGUGCUCCCCUCGGCCUCAGCCGCCAUCGCCGACAUGAAGUCCGACUCGACCCUGCUGUGCGGCGGCUUCGGCCUCUGCGGCGUCGCCGACACCCUCAUCAACCAGGUCGAAGCGACCCCCGCCAUCACAGGCCUGACGGCCGUCUCCAACAACGCCGGCAUCGACGGCUCCGGGCUCGGCCUGCUCAUCGCCUCCGGCCAGGUCAAGAAAAUGGUCGCCAGCUACGUCGGCAACAACAAGACGCUCGAGAAGAAGUAUCUCGGCGGCGAGAUCGAGAUGGAGCUCACGCCGCAAGGCACGCUCGCGGAGCGGUGUAGGGCGGGUGGGGCGGGAAUACCUGCGUUUUAUACGCCUGCGGCGUUUGGGACGGUGGUGCAGACCGGGGAGCUGGCGGUGAAAUAUCGCGCUGAUAAGAGUGUGGAGAGCUACGGUGUGGCGCGGGAUGUCAAGGUGUUUGAUGGGAAGAGCUAUGUGAUGGAGGAGGCCAUCAAGGGGGACUAUGCCUUUAUCAAGGCGUGGAAGGCGGAUAGGUUGGGGAACACGCAGUUCAGGUUCGCGGCGCACAACUUCAAUGGCGCCAUGGCGCGGAACGCGACGACGACGAUUGUGGAGGCCGAGAAUAUUGUUGAGCCGGGCGAGAUUGAUCCCGAAGCUGUCCAUGUGCCGGGGAUUUAUGUGGAUCGUGUGAUCCAGGCGACUCAAGAGAAGCGGAUUGAGAGGGUGGUGAAUGCGAAAGAUCCCAAGGACGAGAUGGCGGCGCUCGGCAGUGGAGAUGCGGCGAACAAGAGGGAGAGGAUCGUAAGGAGAGCCGCGAAGGAGUUCAAGAACGGGAUGUAUGCGAAUCUCGGAAUCGGCAUGCCCAUGCUGGCCCCUAGCUUCGUCGACCCAUCCGUGGAAGUUCAACUGCAGUCCGAAAACGGUAUUCUAGGCCUCGGACCCUACCCGGCGAAGGGUGAAGAAGACCCCGAUCUGAUCAACGCGGGUAAGGAGACCGUCACGCUGCUCCCGGGCGCGUCGUGCUUCGGAUCUGAAGAGUCGUUCGGCAUGAUCAGGGCGGGCAAGAUCGAUCUCACAAUCCUCGGUGCCAUGCAAGUGAGCGCAAAGGGAGAUUUGGCCAACUGGAUGUUGCCAGGCAAGGUCAUGGGAUUCGGAGGAGCCAUGGAUCUUGUCUCGAAUCCGCAAAACACGAAGGUGGUGGUGACGAUGGAGCACACGGAUAAGAAGGGCCGGCCCAAGAUCUUGAAGCAGUGCGAGUUCCCGCUUACGGGCAAGGCUUGUGUUUCGAGAAUUAUUACUGAGUUGGGCGUGUUCGAUGUCGACUGGGCUGAAGGCCUCACGCUUAUCGAGCUUGCGGACGGUGUUACCGUUGACGAAGUUAAGGCGAAGACGGAGGCACCGUUCAAGGUUGCCGAUGAUGUGAAGCCAAUGUUGUAACGCGCUCAUGUCUCACUCAUGAAAUCUUCCCGUAAAAUCUUUCUAGCCAAGCGUUGUAUAUAUUUCCAUAGUCUGCAUUCGAGGGGAAAAUAGAUCAAAACCCACGCACCAAGAGAUUGUGCAUCCAUGAAUAUUCAUUAUCCACGU